AUGAAGGGGCUGGCGCUGCUGCCACUGCUGCUGGCCACCUGCUUGCUGGGGGCGCGGGCGCAGCGCCGGGUCUACCUGCGCGAGGAGUUCCAAGAUGGGGGUGAGGGGCUCGGCGGAGCGGGAGGGGAUGGGGGGGCGAAGGUAGACCGGACCCCACCUGCUCCUCCUCAACCACCUGCCCCAGCCGUCUACAGUUCAAAUCUCUGCUCCUUCCUUUCUGGCUGUGUGACCCUGGAUAGAUGGAAAAAACGAUGGGUUGAAUCUAGACAUAGGCUGGAUUAUGGUAAAUUUCAGCUCACUGCAGGAAAAUUUUACAGAGACAAAGAAGAGAGUAAAGGUCUCCAGACCAGUGAAGAUGCCAAGUUUUAUGCCCUCUCCACCAGGUUCAAGCCAUUCAGCAAUGAGAAUAAGACCUUGGUGGUUCAAUUUUCAGUAAAACACAAGCAAGGCAUCCAUUGCGGUGGUGGGUUCAUGAACUUUCCUGACACCCUGAACCAGGAGGAUAUGCAUUCAGAAUCCGAGUAUUCCAUCAUGUUUGGCCCUGACAUCUGUGGCUUUGGCAACAACAAAGUACAAGUCAUCCCUCGUUAUCAAGGGAAAUACCAUGAGAACAACAAGACCUUCAAGCACAGGAUCAAUAAAGACACUCACCUGUACACUCUGAUUAUUUGCCCCAAUGCUACUGACGAGGUCAAAAUUGACAACCAGCAAGUAGCAGCUGGGGACCUGGAGGACGACUGGGACUUCUUGCCUCCCAGGAAGAUAAAAGACCCCUAUGCCCGGAAACCAAGGAAAUGGGAUGAGCACCUACAAAUAGAGGAUCCUGAAGAUAAGAAACCUGAGGACUGGGAAGACUUCGAAUAUAUCCCAGACCCGGAAGCCAAGAAGCCAGACGACUGGAAUGAGGCAAUGAAUGCGGAGUGGGAAGGGACCCUGAUACCAAACCUGAAGUGUAAGGGACAAUGUAAACCUCAGAUCAUUCACAAUCUCAGUUACCAGGGGGAGUGGAUUCAUCCAGAAAUAGACAAUCCUGAAUAUAAACCCAACCCAACCAUUUGUCACUAUUAUAACAUUAGUGUCCUUGGCCUGGACCUUUGGCGGGUGAAAUCAGGCUGCAUCUUUGACAAUUUCCUUCUUACAAAUGAUGAAGAGUUUGCAGAAGAGGCUGGAAAUAAGACCUGGGGAAUAAGAAAAAGGGACGGCUCCAAGGUUUUUGACCUCAAUGACAAGAAGGAUGGAGUUAUUGAGGAUGAGCUUUGGGGCACCCCAAUAUUUAGAGAUCAGGGAGAUAAAGUGGAACCAGCAAACAAAACAGAAAGGGUAGCCGGCGAGGUAGGAAGAGAACCAGGACAUUAUCCUGUAGGCCAAGUGAAGAAAGUAUUUUAA